AUGGAGGUUGCGACGCUCUUGGCGACGCCCGAGGCAACGCACGAAGUGCAUGCGAAGCGGGUCGCGGCCAAGGCCUUCCUCUGGUGUGCCCAUGCAGGGCGCUACGAAGCGUACACGCUGCUUCGCAUGCCGGAGAAGGCGCAGAAGGAACAAGCCGCGCUCGAGGCCCACGGCGGCGCGUCGCUCGAGGCGCAUGUGGCCAUGGGCAGUCUCUUUGCCCGUCUUGGCUUGCUCCACCGCGCCGAUCUCUGCUUUGAAAAAGCGGCCGCACUGAAUGCACGGGAUCCCAACUACUUGGCCGAGCACGCGAGUGUGCUCUUGCUGCAGAAGCGUGCGUCGCCGUCGCAGCGCCGCUGA